CCAAGCGAUGAGUGAUAAAUUAAGGAAGUGUAACUGAACUGAAGACCCAGCUUGGGUGAUCAGCCCAGGUUUUGGACGAAGCUGCUGAAAAACUACAAGUCCCAGCAUGCCUUUCAUAAGCACACUACACAUCAUCUGUAGAGUUCACACAUGCUCAGUGUGGUGGCUGAAGCCUGUUUUCCAUAGGUUCCUGACUAGGUUAAAUAAGGUGGGGCAAAUAGCCCCACCCCAAAAGCAGGCUUCAGGAUUUGAAGUUUGAGCCUAGCCCUGAGGUAGAGCCGGAAUUUACCUUUGUACUUCACACGGCCAGGGUUGGUGGUGACUACGUGGGUCUGGAGCUGGCUGCCGUCCUGACACGUCCUAGAGCUGCAAGCAGGUUUGAAUCCAGGAUCACUUGGACUGCUGUUCCUCUCCCCACCCCCUAUAUUCUUUAUCUUUUCCCUUCAGGACUUUCCCACAGGUUACUAGGUCUCACAUAAUUUCUACUGCCCUUGAGGACCCCUGCCUAAGUAACAUUCCUACUACCUGCCGACAGGGUACUAGUAUCAGGUAGGUUUCUACUACCUGACUAUAGGGACUGUCGACUAACUCUCAGUAGCCCCUUAUCAAAAUACCUAGCACUGUUUCCUCGCAGGAAAUGCUGGGAAGGGUGGGCCCCAGAGCAUGAUCAACUGAAGGUAAGAGGUUAAGGAUCAGGGCUGAGGUGGGAAGAUGGUGUCAGUCACCAAAUAUGACCUUACUGGCUGCUCUGCCUUCUGCAGGUCCUGCCAGAGAGCCACCAUGGCCUCUCAGCCUCUCAGGCUGGCAGAAGAGUAUGGCCCAAGUCCUGGGGAAUCUGAACUGGCUGUGAACCCCUUUGAUGGGCUUCCCUUCUCUUCCCGCUACUAUGAGCUGCUGGAGCAGCGCCACGCCUUGCCCAUCUGGGCUGCUCGCUUUGCCUUCUUGGAGCAGUUGGAGAGUAACCCCACUGGAGUGGUGCUGGUGUCUGGGGAGCCUGGUUCUGGCAAGAGCACCCAGAUCCCUCAGUGGUGUGCAGAGUUUGUGCUGGCCAGAGGGUUCCAGAAAGGACAGGUUACUGUCACGCAGCCCUACCCUCUUGCAGCCCGGAGCCUGGCUCUGAGGGUUGCUGAUGAGAUGGACCUGACCCUGGGUCAUGAGGUUGGAUACAGCAUCCCCCAGGAGGACUGCACAGGGCCCAACACCCUGCUCAGGUUCUGCUGGGACAGGCUGCUUCUGCAGGAGGUGGCCUCGACCCGGGGCACUGGAGUCUGGGGCGUGCUGGUACUAGAUGAGGCUCAGGAGCGGUCGGUGGCAUCAGAUUCACUCCAGGGGCUACUGCAAGAUGCCAGGCUGGAAAACCUUCAGGGGGACCUCAGAGUGGUUGUGGUUACUGACCCAGCCCUUGAACCUAAGCUUCGAGCUUUCUGGGGCAAUCCUCCUAUUGUGCAUAUACCCAGAGAGGCUGGUGAGAGACCUUCCCCCAUCUACCGGGACACCAUCCCCCCUGAUCGAGUGGAAGCUGCCUGCCAAGCAGUGCUUGAGUUGUGUCGGAAGGAGGCUCCAGGAGAUGUGCUAGUGUACCUGCCCAGUGAGGAGGAAAUUUCCCUCUGCUGUGAAUCCUUGUCCAGGGAGGUAGAGUCCCUGCCUCUCCAAAGGCUUCCACCACGAGUACUGCCCCUUCACCCAGACUGUGGACAAGCCGUUCAGGCUGUAUAUGAGGACAUGGAUGCCCGAAAGGUUGUGGUCACUCACUGGCUGGCUGACUUCUCCUUCUCCCUCCCUUCCAUCCAACAUGUCAUCGACUCAGGACUGGAGCUCCGAAGUGUUUACAAUCCUAGGAUCCGAGGAGAAUUCCAAGUGUUGAGGCCAAUCAGCAAGUGUCAGGCAGAGGCAAGACGACUGCGAGCAAGAGGGUUCCCACCAGGAUCCUGCCUCUGCCUGUAUCCUAAGUCCUUCUUAGAACUAGAAGCUCCACCACUGCCCCAACCCAGGGUGUGUGAGGAGAAUCUGAGUUCCCUGGUGUUACUACUGAAAAGGAGACAGAUUGCAGAGCCAGGAGAGUGUCACUUCCUGGACCAGCCUGCUCCAGAAGCAUUGAUGCAAGCCCUGGAAGAUUUAGACUAUCUGGCAGCCCUGGAUGAUGAUGGGGACCUGUCAGAUCUAGGCGUCAUACUAUCAGAAUUCCCUCUGGCCCCUGAGCUGGCCAAAGCCCUGCUGGCCUCAUGCGAGUUUGACUGUGUGGAUGAGAUGCUCACCCUGGCUGCCAUGCUCACGGCUAUGCAGCAUGAUUUCUAUCCUAUUCUAACUGGUGUAUGGCUCACCUACUGCACUCCAGCUUCAGGUCUACCAUGCCAGUGCAACAGCUUUCAACUCACCAGUGACCUCCCAGCUGCCCCUGGGUUUACCCGUCCUCCACUCAGUGCAGAAGAAGCUGCCCUGCGUCGGGCCCUGGAACACACGGAUGGUGACCACAGUUCUCUGAUCCAGGUGUAUGAAGCCUUUAUACAAAGUGGAGCAGAUGAGGCUUGGUGCCAGGCUCGAGGUCUGAAUUGGGCAGCAUUGUGCCAAGCCCAUAAACUUCGGGGAGAGCUCCUAGAACUCAUGCAACGAAUUGAACUUCCCUUGUCCCUACCAGCCUUUGGCUCUGAGCAGAAUCGCAGAGACCUUCAGAAAGCACUGGUGUCAGGAUACUUUCUCAAGGUGGCCAGAGACACAGACGGGACUGGAAAUUACCUACUCCUAACCCAUAAGCAUGUGGCCCAGCUCUCCUCAUACUGCUGCUACCGAAGUCGUAGAGCUCCUGCCAGACCCCCACCGUGGGUGCUCUACCACAAUUUCACCAUAUCCAAAGACAACUGCCUUUCCAUUGUUUCUGAGAUUGAACCACGGAUGCUGGUGGAAUUGGCCCCUCCAUACUUCCUGAGUAACUUGCCUCCCAGUGAGAGCAGAGACCUCCUGAACCAGCUAAGGGAAGGAAUGGCAGAUUCUUCAGCAGGGAGCGAAUCAUCCUCAGUCCAGGAGUUCAGAGAUCCCUGUGUCCUGCAGUGACCUGCCUGCCUAUGGAACGGAGCUGGGUUCAUCUCAUCACAUUAGAUUCUCCCUCAGGGUGGCACCAAAGCACCCAGAUAGAUUUAGAAGCCCAAAGUUUAGGGUUAAAUAUAAACCCUAGAAAGUGAGUCCUAAGAAAUGGUAGGCUGGGAAUGGAGAGAAUGGGGUAAACCACAGUCUACAUAGGGAAGGACUCUUUCCUUAACCUUCUCUUAUUGAUUGGAGAGGGACUGACAUGCUCCCCAUUCUCUCAACUUUGCCAAACCCAUUCUUGUACUCCCUUGUGGUCUAUAAAAGAUUUUUCUGUGAUGCCA